AGUUUGAAGCAGAGGCUGAUGUGCAAAUUCCCAGACAAUUCGACAAUAUAGACAGACCAAAUAAUACGAAGUGUCGCACUGCGUCUCCAACGCCUCUUAACUCCACUGGGUUUGUUUUUGAGCGGAAUCCAAAAUGGCGGAGGCUGAACCAACCAAAUCUACAACCUGCACGUUUCUGUUUAAAAAAUCAAACAAGAAAUUCGCUGCACGGAAAAGAAAGGCCAGCGACAGCGAUAAAGAGAGGAGCAGCGAUGAGGAGAAAAACGCCGUGGUGAAAAGAGAGAAGAAACCAAGCGCUCCCAACCCCAUGAUACAGCGGACCAAGAAGGUGGAAAGAGAAGCGGUUUCCUCCAGCGACAGCGAUGAAGACCAAGGAGCCAAUAAGAUCACAGUGGCUUAUAAAUCCUCUCGCUCAGCGAAACCAGAGGGACCGGACGACAUGGGCGCCACCGCCGUGUACGCGCUGGACACCGAGCGAGAUAAAGACGCCCAGGCCAUCUUCGAACGCAGCCAGAAGAUCCAGGAGGAGUUGCAGGGCAAAGAGGACGACAAAAUCUACCGCGGCAUCAACAACUAUCAGAAAUUCAUCAAGCCCAAGGACACCACCAUGGGGAACGCCUCCUCCGGCAUGGUCAGGAAAGGACCAAUCCGAGCACCGGAGCACCUGAGGGCAACAGUGCGGUGGGACUACCAGCCUGACAUCUGCAAAGAUUACAAAGAGACCGGCUUCUGUGGAUUUGGAGACAGCUGUAAGUUCCUGCACGACCGCUCGGAUUAUAAGCACGGCUGGCAGAUCGAGCGCGAGCUAGAGGAGGGACGAUACGGAGCUAACGACGAAGAGAACUACGAGGUGAGCAGCGACGAGGAAGAUCUGCCUUUCAAGUGCUUCAUCUGCAGGGAGUCGUUUAAGAACCCGAUUAUAACAAAGUGUAGACAUUAUUUCUGUGAGACCUGCGCGCUGCAGCAUUACCGCAAGUCUAAGCGCUGCUACGUCUGCAACCAGCAAACCAACGGAGUCUUCAACCCAGCCAAAGAGUUGAUGGCGAAGAUGCAGAAACAUCAGGCUGCUGCAGACCAGCCACCUUCAGACGAGGAAGACUAGCGGUCCUGUCCACUCCGCUCUUUCCUGUGUUCCCUCCUGAUACUUUUCUUGUUUUUUGUAAAUUAACUUUAAAAAAAUAAAGUUUUUUUUUUUUA